AUGCGGCUAGUUUUAUCAUUUCUUAUGUGGCUGUGUGGAUCGGUAAAAAGGCGUCCACCAAGCGGUUGUCCUUUGGAUUUUACCGUGCAGGUAUUUUUAUUCGUAGAAAUUCUUGGAGCAGUUCUCAGCAUCCUGAUCAUAUGGAUCUUAACCGGGGUACUGUUGUACGCGGCUUCGGAGCGCAUCAUUAAUAAUAACUACGAGAUCGAAGCCGUUCCGAUGCUGAUCACGGCCGGCUGUGGUAUUAUAUUCAACAUUAUAAUGGGUUUUAUUUUGCAUGGAAAAGGCCAAGGGCAUAGCCAUGGUCACCGCCAGGACUGCUCAGCGUUCCAGAUCUUGCAGGAGAAUGGCGACUUGUCGAGCACAUCGACGACGGGCGACGAUUCAAGUUCAGUGUCCGGCUGCGUGCGGCCGAAGAAGCAUAAAAGCAUCAACCUGCGAGCUGCGUUCAUCCACGUUCUCGGCGACUUUGUACAAAGCAUAGGAGUUUUCAUCGCCGCGUUGAUUAUCAUGUUUCAACCUAGUUUUAAACUCGCUGAUCCGCUGUGCACCUUUCUCUUCUCAGCAUUGGUCCUUGUAACGACUUUCACCGUUUUACGCGAUGCCGUUAUUGUCCUGAUGGAAGCCACUCCACUGGAUGUAAGUUACGACAUCAUUAAACAGGAACUUUUCUCCAUAGCUGGAGUAAAGUCGGUGCACAGUUUGCAUCUCUGGUCACUGACUCUCGACAAGACUGCCUUAGCGGUGCAUCUGGCGAUAGGUAAUCCUUGUCUUUUUGAUCAGUACUUUAAUUUUGAAUGGUAG